AUGGCAAGUGGUGUCAAGAACUACUACCAGAUAGCGAAAUGUUUCAGGGAUGAGGACCUCCGGGCGGAUAGACAGCCAGAGUUUACCCAGAUCGAUAUGGAAAUGGCUUUUGCUGAUGCCGGAGACGUUCGCGAGGUAGUCGAGAAGGUUGUAAUCAACAUAUGGAGGGAUACAAGGGAAUUACCUCUAUACAAAGCUGUCGACGAUACUCAGCUGACAGAACUGAAGGCAACAGAAUCAUUUCCAAGAUUGACGUACAAAGAGGCUCUUUUUAAGUACGGAAUUGAUAAGCCUGACUUGAGGUACACCCACACGUUUAUCGAUUUGACCGAGUUCACCAGCGAGGUGAAAGGAAAUUCGAAAUUUCCGAUUUUCGAGGUUUGUAUUUUGCGCGAUCUGAAAAAUAAGUGUUCCGGGAAGAUUCCAAGUGAGAUUUUCAGCGAUUUGGAGUACAGGGAUAGAAAACCUGUGGUUGUUGAGAUUCGUUCAACGGAGGACUGGACGGAUGCGUUUGCGCCACUAGUCAGGUUCGAUCCUACCCGAUUGGAAGAGCUGAAACUGAAGUUGCACCUUCAAGAGGGUGAUGUCAUUGCAGGCUCUACCAGAGCGGAGUUCCCCUACGAAAACCCAACCCCUCUCGGGAAAUUCAGACAGAUCGCAAUCAAGGAACUGCCUGAACAGUACAGAAGAGCUCUUGUUGAUGGAAAUGGCACGCUCAUAGAGAAGCCCCUCGAGGAUGUGUUUGUUGCUAGCUGGGUGGUGGAUUUUCCUCUGUUCAGCCCUUCCGAGCAGGAAUCCGCGGAUAAGAGCGGGUAUCCUACAUACGACGAGUCCAAGAUCGUCUCCACACAUCAUCCAUUCACCAUGGUUCAUCUUGAUGACUUCGAUCAGCUUUUCACCAACCCACUAGAGGUUCGUGGGGAACACUAUGAUUUGGUGAUCAAUGGCGUUGAAGUCGGAGGUGGAUCACGAAGAGUGCACCAUCCUGAGCUGCAGAGAUACAUCUUCAAGUCCAUUCUCGGGAUAGAAGACCCAGACAUCCUCUUUGGGCAUCUUCUUCAAGCAUUUGCCACAGGCUGCCCUCCCCAUGCCGGAUUGGCUAUUGGAUUCGAUAGAAUGUGUGCAAUGCUUCUAGGAAUCACGAGUAUUCGUGAUGUCAUUGCAUUUCCAAAGAACCAGGCUGGCGUUGACGCUGUCGUAAACAGUCCCAGCAAGGUAACCCAGCAAGCACUCGGCAACUAUCACAUCAAAGUGGCUAAAGAGUGA